AUAUAAACAUGUGGACGAAGUAUAAACCGUUAUUUCAGUCGAAACAUCAUUCAACUCAAACAGCUGUUCCGCACGCCCAGAUGGUGGCACGGUUUCUCAGAUUCUCCGAUUAACUCGAAUUGCUGUUACAUUAAUCACACCAUGUUACUGAUCCUUAAGACCAUAACAACAGUCCUUUUGCUUCCAGGCUGCUUUACGCACGAUGAACGGCCGGAUCUAGAAAUCGACUGUAAUCCUGCACCAGCGACCACGACAGCAGCGCCUGCAGAGCCGACCGCGUUUCCAUUUCGGACCGAUCUGUUAACGCGAGAAGAAUGCCUUGCAUAUGCACAACUGCAUACCCACCGGAAUAUGUGCAGUCCGGUUCUCUCACCGCAACAGUGUGAGCCCUCAAAGUAUGAUCAGUACACGAUAACACCACCAUCCAGAACUUACAUCGAUGCCUCCUGUUCAUGGGCGAAUCGAACAGCGCUGACAGAAGUUAUGCGGAGUAUCAACAUUAUUAGUCCGAAUCGGGCGGCUAUCGUAACCUUUGCGGAACAAAACGACACCACCUGUCCGAUUCAUUCGGACGUCAUCAAUCCAAUCCGUAACCAGAUUAUCGAGUUGUACGUCUUAGGAUGCCGCACGACGCGUACCACCGCCAAGAUUUAUGAAGCUGGAAUUUUCCCAAAUUUGAUACUGUAUAAGCUCCAGUCCGGGCUGCGCUUGGAGAUUCAGAAGAAGCACUUCACACGGAUGCCACAGAUACGAAGUAUUCGACUGGUGUACUGCACUAUCGCUGCGCUAGAGCCGUACACGUUUACCGAUCUACCACACUUGCAGAGCUUGGAACUGGAGGGCAACGUGGGCUAUCAUCUGUACCGCGUGCACGAAACUCCCGAUCGGCGCAUCUGGGAUCCCGAGAUAUUCAGCGACGAAGAUUUCGAGAUGAUUCGGAAACUGCACUGUGAUUGCUCGUACGCGUGGUACCGCAACUUUCUAAGAGAGAAGCCGUAUUUAACAUUCGGCAAGGUCAAAGGAGAAAUUGGCGUUAUUGGAAACUAUGCGACGCCGUUUGUUGACGCUUCAUUUCUCUCGGGUGCGCUUAGCGUUAAUUGUACGCAAAAGUUGACGUACAACAAUAGUAACGUCGGAAGCGAGUACUCGUACAAUGUACCAUGCUUUAACCUGCGCUGCUGAUGAAAAGUGCACCUUGAAUUAAUGGCAGUCGAUUGCCUCAGCCGUGCAUGCCAUCCGCGGCUUGCAAACCAGCCUGUAAUGGUGUCAAUAUGUACUGUAUUAUGCGGUAAAUUUCUUGGGUCACCUUGUUCCUGUACGGGUAUUAAGCGGUGCAAGUUGCAACAAAGGUGGGAUUUCCACUUUUGAAGUUGAACGUCGACCAGCUGGAUAAGGUCAUUUCUUUUACUUGUUGCACGUUUAUGGGUAGGAGCGCUCAUGUGCAGCAACGGUAAAGGGCCGCCUAAUGACG